AUGUCGUCGACGAACGAGAUCGCCGCCGACGCGCCUCAGGAGAAAUCCGAAAAGGCCCUAAAGCGUGAGGCGGAGAAGGCGGCGAAGAAGGCGGCGAAAGAGGCCGAAAAGGCCGCCAAGGCUGAACGCGCGGUCGCGAUGAGCGCGGCGCGAGGGGUGUCGGUGCAGUGCUCGACGGCACCACCGGUUGAGCUCGAGGCGUGCAGCGGCACUCGCGAUUGGUACCCAGAGGAGUUUAGACUUCAAAGAUGGCUCUUCGAGAAGUUUCGGCAGACGGCGACGAGAACGGGAUUCGAAGAGUACGAUGCGCCGGUGCUCGAGAGGCAAGAGCUGUACAAGCGAAAAGCUGGCGAAGAAAUUACGUCGCAGAUGUAUGCGUUUGUCGACCAAGAUGGGGUGGAUGUGACGUUAAGACCGGAGAUGACACCGACGCUCGCGCGAAUGGUUCUUGGUCGCGCUGCUUCAAUGAUGCUUCCUUUGAAAUGGUUCUCCAUCCCGCAGUGCUGGAGAUUUGAAACGACGCAGCGCGGCAGAAAGCGUGAACACUAUCAGUGGAACAUGGAUAUCAUCGGUUGCAAGUCUAUAAGCGCGGAGACAGAGCUCUUGUACGCGGUGUGCGAGUUCUUCAGGUCUAUCGGAAUAACGAGCGCCGACGUCGGCAUCAAGGUGAAUUCACGGAAAGUAAUGGCGAGUGUGCUCGAUUCGUACGGUAUCACUGCGGAGAAGUUUGCGCCAGUCUGUGUGAUCAUGGACAAACUCGACAAAAUUGGCGACGAAGCCGUCAUAGAAGAGUUGGUCAACGCACAAAAUUUGCCGAAGGAGACUGCGGAGAAAAUCGUUGCCUGCUUGGCGUGCAAGAACGUCGAUGAACUAGCCGCGUUGUGCGGUGAGGGCGUAGAUCAAACCGGGAUUGAGGAGUUGAAGCGCUUGUUCAGUCUUGCUGAUGAUUAUGGUUUCGGUGAUUGGCUCAUAUUUGACGCGUCCGUUGUGCGAGGCCUAGCCUACUACACUGGCAUCGUAUUUGAAGGGUUUGAUCGCGCGGGAGAGCUCCGAGCAAUUUGCGGUGGUGGGCGGUACGAUAAGUUGCUAUCGCUGUAUGGUGCCAUGUCCGAGGUUCCGGCCUGUGGUUUUGGUUUUGGCGACUGUGUCAUCGUUGAGUUAUUGAAGGAGAAGGGACUAGUGCCCGUACUUCCCAAGUCAAUAGAAUUCGUCGUCGCCGCUUUCAAUGAGGGGAUGCAAGGGAAGGCGAUGAAAGCUGCUGCGCUGAUUCGAUCAGGCGGGGCGGACGUGGACAUGCUUCUCGAACCCAAAAAGAAGGUUGCGAACACAUUUGAUUACGCAAACCGAAUCGGCGCUCGCUAUAUCGUGUUCGUUGCGCCACAAGAGUGGGAAAAUGGAAUGGUUCGAAUCAAGGACUUGCGCGCUGAAUACACGGAUAAGGAAGAUGAGAAGCAGCUUGACGUGAAACUCAGCGACCUUGGACGCGUCAGCGAACUGUUGCGAGAGCACGAGGCCGCCAUGAGAACUGUCAAUGAGAUAGAGACCAUGGCUAUUUAG